CCGACGCCGAAAGCUCUGUAGGGAGCAGUCGAGUGUUGUAUCGCUGUAAGAGAAAACGCAAGAUGCCUCGCCGACGAGCAGACCCUGCUGCUCCAUGCAAACCUAUUGUGAAUUGGACUUACGAGCUAGAGUUGUACUUCACCCACAUCCUGUGGUUGCACUGGCUAGCUGAGGAACUUUGCAAGGGUAACUUUGCGCCGGAGGUUUGACAACAGAUAGUUACACAAUUCCAUGAAGAGACUGAGUGCGACUACGAGUUGGAACAACUUCAAGGAAAGUUUAAGCGGAUGAAAACCUCGUAUGCUCUACUCCGAGACCUUAUCGUUCGACAGAUAGGGCUAGGAUGGGACGCAGAGACGGGUCUUAUUGAUGCGAGCGAGGCACAGAAGGCCGCGUGGCUAACGGCACACCCCGGGUACGGGCAUUUACUGUCGCGUCCAUUCGCCCACUUCGACUAUUGUCAUGAUAUGUUUGGACCUCAGUCUACCACAGGAGCCGGUACUCAAUCCAACAAUGCACUGCCACGGGGCAUGGACACUACCGAGGGUACUGAGACAAGAUCGGCGGGGCCGUCCACGAUGAGGGGCGAACAUGAGAAUGACGACGGCACAGGUGAAGGCGAUGCCAACAGAACCACCAAGCAAGGACUCCCUACUAGUUCUUCGAUGCAGACCGGGGGUCCGGUACGUCGUCGGCGCCCAUCUAGUAUGUCGACAAACGCUGAGUUAGCAUACCACAUUCAAUCUGAGCUUCGCAGCGGAGUUCAAGAGUUGCGGGCGCAGCUUAUCGAUCACCGCAAAGAGCACAAACGGACCUUUCUCGAAGAUUAGCGCAUUCUGCAAACGUUCACGGACCUUCCACAAGAUGCAUUUCUUCGGGCAGCCAGAGCGAUAUACAAAAACAACGAACGAUUCCUAUUCCUAACAUGGACGAGUGAUCUGCAGCGGGCAUGGGCUUUCUCAUUUGUGCGACGCUCGCUAGGAACCUGAGUUAUA